AUGCAUUGCUGGCUGCUGUUUUUCGCUGGUGCCACUGUAUACGGCAUGAGUCGUAUUUCGGAGCCCCAAAUAAAGGCUGUUAACUUCGCCCACCCAAUACACGGGCGAAAGCUGACUGGUAGCGUGAUCAGGGAAAUACUCGUCAAUUCAGAAGAGUCAUGCAGUUUUGAGUGUGUUGAGGAAGAGAAAUGCAUUUCUUACAACUUGAAAUCUUCGCCAAACGAAACCGAUGGCUUCAAGUGUCAGAUAAGCACUUCUGAUCGCUUCGUUAGUGUUACUAACUUUACAAAGCAUGAGAAGUUUAAAUACGUGGGGAUGCAGGUGAGUGGCGGGAAUAAUUUUUUUAUCCUUUUUAGUUCAUGGAAAAGUGAGUAUUAUAACUUAAGUCUUGUUGCAAACGUCAUGCUAAUGACGUGCUAAGCUGGCUCGACUGUAGCUCGACUGCAGCACGACACUAGCACAACUUGGUUUCAGACGUCGAAUUUAAUUCAGUCGAAUAGAAGGGCUGUUGCCAAAAACAAAACACAAAAAUAAAGAAACGGUUUAGCAAACUUUUAAAUGUACUCCGAUGUACAGUAUUUAUAAUUUAUGAAUUUAGUUCGGCACAGCAGUAGCGCGAUGUUUGAAACCAAGUCGAGUUACUGCCGUGUAACACGGUAAAGCUUGCCGUGCUACACGGCAGUAGCACGGCUUGGUUUCAAACGUCGCGCUACUGCCGUGCUAAAGUCGAAUUUAAUUCGACCAAUUUAGUUCCGCACGGCAGUAGCACGACGUUUGAAACGGGCCUAAAAAUUUACCAGUAUAAUGCACGUCGAAUUUAUUCCCCAAGAAGAAAAGACGUAAGACCUUAAGAAGUGCUUUAUACUCUUUCCCUUUCAUUUUCAUUUCUAUUUCCUUCUUUUUUAUUGUCCAGUUUCGCUCACUUUUGUUGAAACCGUGUGGUUAGUUAUCUUUCACUGAGCAAUUGCAACAGCUGUAGCAACGGAGCUAACAAAUGAAGAAACGCAAACUACAAUGCGUAUAUAUUAAAGGAAAACUGACAAGCUGGUAUUCAGUAAACUAACUUUAUCUCAGAGAAGGAGAGAGUCCUUUAACAUCUGUUCCUUUGACUUUCUACUUUUUUGAGUCCCUAAAUUGCCGUAGAAAUUAGAGUUUUAAAUCAUGACAGAAAAAUGGAACAAAAAGCCUUGAGUUGAUAAAAAUUCCCAACUCAAGGCAUAUCCUAACCUAAAUCACGUACGGAACUCGCACGCCAAUUUCUUUGUAUAUCUAUAAGAGAAAAAAGCUUCUUCUUUUAAUUCAGUAAUAUUUGUAUGAAGAGAAUGUAUGAAUUUUACCCUUUUUGGGGAAAAUCUUUUUCAUUAUCAGGAUGUUUUUAAACGCUUGCCAAUUAUUUUAUAUAUCGGGGUAUUAAACACUUGUCAUUUUCAAGAACAGAAGCAAAGACUUAUUUCGUUUAAGAGACUGCAGCAGGUUCUGUUUCGCCAUACCAAGUUCUAUAUGUGGCAAGGUGAGAAUGCAGCGAGUGAUUAAUGAUUUACUGGAAAACAGUGGCACGCAGUAGUGUUAACCAUCGACCUAGGCUGAUGACACUUACUCUUCCGCAUAUCAAAAAAACCUUAUCCCUGUAUUCUGUGGGUUUUGUCAAACAACAGUCGUUACAGAUUCUUUUUCGAACUAUUUUUGCUGCAAUCAAUGUAUGGUUAUUUAUGGUAUGCUAUCUUAGAGAUCCUUCAAAUCGCGAGUGAAACCAGCAGCUGUUUCGUGGUGCCUUUCGUAAAUUAAGGUAUAUUGCCCCUUUCUUGCGCAAGUAUCGCAUUAGUUGCAAAACAUGGCAUCUGCUCAUCAAAAGCCAAUGUCAUUAACAGGUACUCUAUUUUCCUUAUAAUCUACCGGUAUGUUUCAUUGGUGCAGGUGCGGUAGUGCAAUAUUUGUACUAACUCAAGUUUUGGAUGCCUGUUUUUUUGGGAGAGGAGGGGAGGGGGGGGGGGGNAGACUUAUUUCGUUUAAGAGACUGCAGCAGGUUCUGUUUCGCCAUACCAAGUUCUAUAUGUGGCAAGGUGAGAAUGCAGCGAGUGAUUAAUGAUUUACUGGAAAACAGUGGCACGCAGUAGUGUUAACCAUCGACCUAGGCUGAUGACACUUACUCUUCCGCAUAUCAAAAAAACCUUAUCCCUGUAUUCUGUGGGUUUUGUCAAACAACAGUCGUUACAGAUUCUUUUUCGAACUAUUUUUGCUGCAAUCAAUGUAUGGUUAUUUAUGGUAUGCUAUCUUAGAGAUCCUUCAAAUCGCGAGUGAAACCAGCAGCUGUUUCGUGGUGCCUUUCGUAAAUUAAGGUAUAUUGCCCCUUUCUUGCGCAAGUAUCGCAUUAGUUGCAAAACAUGGCAUCUGCUCAUCAAAAGCCAAUGUCAUUAACAGGUACUCUAUUUUCCUUAUAAUCUACCGGUAUGUUUCAUUGGUGCAGGUGCGGUAGUGCAAUAUUUGUACUAACUCAAGUUUUGGAUGCCUGUUUUUUUGGGAGAGGAGGGGAGGGGGGGGGGGAUGGGGAGGUAUUAAAAACGUUUUGAAUAGAGAGGCUCUGCCCCGACGUCCAACACCGUACCUUUUAUAUACUACCGAAAACCGAAUUAAAUCACAAUGAAAAAUAAAAUUAUGGCAAAGAAAAAAAAAAUACUACACGACGUGUAUAAAUUUACGGCUCUGGAAAUUUUCGUGACCUCCUCUUUAAAUAUGGCUGGGUAUUAUUUUUCUUGAUUAUUAUAUUUUGCUCUGCAAUAUACAGAUCGGUACGUUCGCAGACAUGGACACUGAUCAUUGUCGUUCGUCCUCCCUGCCAGAGGUGCGAAUUCCUCGAAAUGCCGCCCGUGCUCGUUUCGUAGUCAUUAACCAAAGUGCUCGACAGUUCUGUCUGAGCUCUGAUACAAGGUAGCUUGCAAUUCCAUUACCUUUUUCUUGAAUUGAAGCAACGUACCGCAGUUAAAGCCGUUGAAGAUGCAUUGCAACACAUCAAAAUGUAUAUAGCAGCAGGAGCUUGAGCCAAAACUGCCAAGGGAUAUUAUGUCGAGGAACCCUGAAGUCAUUCAAUUUCGAAGAAAGACUUGAAGCAAUUCAUAGUGCUUCUAAAACUAUAAAACUCUCCUCCCACCAAUGUGGCUCGGGUUCAAAUCCCAGCGUCGACGCCAUAUGUGAGAUGAGUUUGUUGCUGGUUCUCUACUUUGCUCCGAGAGGUUUUUUUUCUCCAUGUAUUCCGGUUCUCCUCACUCCUCAAAAACCAACAUUUCCAAAUUCCAAUUCGACCAGGAAUAGCUGUGUUGCCUCCAACUCGUUAUUUAUUUAUUUACUGAUUUUUUUAUUUAUUGUUGUUGUUUUUCUUACAGAGCGCCUGUGAAAUGGAUAGCUCCAUCUGCGAUGAGAAUGAAGUGUGUAUUCCAAAUUACCAAGAUAACAGUGUGCGAUGUGUUUGUAAGGUUGGAUAUACAGGAACACCUUGCAGUAAGUUACAUAAAAAAUGUGGCUAUGUCAUAAACUGUCUGUGACUAGCAUAGUAACUGCAUAAUGACAACAAACGUAGAUCCCGUCUCACUUGCAGUUUUAAGGGUGUUGUUCGCAAGGCAAGAUGUUUGUGUGUGAAAAACUUAACAGGGCUGUUACCUAAGUGUCUUGAUGUGAUUUUCACUCAUAAUAACAUUAAUGUUAUCAGGUCUUUAUUUCCAAAAAAUGUGUUAAAGGAGGUGACGUUGACCAAACAAUUUGUUAAACAUAUUAUUGUCGCGCUUAAGCUCGUUCACACAAGGUUUGCCGUCUUCUUUCCAUGCCACUCACUUUUUGUGGCGUAAAUUCACUAUUGUCACCCACUCCGACUCUGUGGGACUAGGGACGCUAAAGACGUAACAAAUCUCUGGUAGUGACUACCCCCUAGGAGAAAAGCUCAUUUAAUUCAGUACUAAGUUGCAAACUGCCCCAAGUAGACAGAAGCACAGCAGUCCGGCUCAGGCAAAUCCCCACACACAGUGUUGUAGAUUGUCCCUGAAAAGUAGGAGGGAACACAAUGAGACAACUGCAGUCUUAAUCAGGCUACCUCAAUGUGGGUGCAGCAUGUGAAACAGUAUAGUGAUAAGAUGAAAUCUUCUGACACCCAGUUUUUAAAUAACUAACAGAGCCUAUUAAAUACUGCGCCCAGCUCCUUAACGAUGGUGUCACAUCCAGUGCUGUGUAUACCAUUAAUCCAGACGGCGGCACACCCAUCCCAGUGUUUUGUGACAUGGCCACUGACGGCGGAGGCUGGACCGUUUUCCAGAAACGUUUUAACGGUUCUGUUGAUUUCUACCUUAACUGGACUUCCUACAAGAACGGUUUUGGGGAUCUGAAUGGCGAGUAUUGGCUUGGAAACGACAAUCUUCACCGUUUGACAGCUGGUGAAGAUGUUAUCCUGAGAGUCGACCUGGAGGAUUUUGAUGGAAACAUUACUUACGCCGAGUACACAAUUUUUAAAAUAGCAAACGAGACGGAUAAAUACCGUAUUCUGAUUGGAGCAUAUAACGGAACUGCUGGGGACUCGUUGAAAUACCACAAGUAAGGCUAAAAUCUUAAUAAACUGUAACAGAUUUAUAAGCAUUUAAUUUAAAGGAAGGUAUAGGUAGGGGGGUGGGGGUGGGGUUGGUAUUGGAGGUGGCAAGAAGUUGUACCGAGGAGUUUGGAGACAACAGGUUGUUAAUGGUAAUGCUAUUCUGUAUAUGAGCACCAGCGGCACAUGGAAAAUUUCGCCCGAAGAUGCAGCGCAAAGGCUAUUUAAUCUUCGAUUUACCAUAUGAUUCACAAAUGAUUCACACCUCCCAACCACUCAGUCACGGCCCGAUGGUGUAUAGACAGUGUGCUUUAUUAGGUAUUAUAUUUAACACCUUUGUAUCACUACUUCCUCCUUAAUUUACCCUUCUUUGCACCAACAUUUUUGAAAAAAGCUCAACCUGGAAUGACGCUUUAAGUGAGCCACUUGGACUUGUUUACGAUUAACAUUUCAUUUAUUCUGCAUGAAUAUUAUAAGCAAUUACAUCUUUUCAUCUAGUGCAAAAACCUCGUUUUUUAUUGCUUCCAAAGAGCUGAAAAUUGCACCAAUUGCUCAAAGUAACCAAACUCUAUCAUUCAACUUUUGAAUUUAAUUUUUGCAUACGGUGACGACUUGUAUGCUAAUGAGCAAAAAUGUUAGCAGUGACGUUAGCAAUCGCUCGCCUACAUCCACUUUAACAUGCGUUCGUCCCUAAUUUAGUGACAGUUUCACUUUCUUUUUCCCUUCUUAGCAAUAUGAAGUUUUCCACUAGAGAUGAAGACAAUGAUCCUAGUGGUGGUACUGAUUGUGCUGGGAUGCACAAAGGCGGCUGGUGGUACCAAAACUGCCAUACUUCGAAUCUGAAUGGCUUAUAUCUCAAAGGACGACAUCCCGAAAUACCUGGUGGAGUGGUAUGGUUGUACUUCAGAGGGUAUCGAUACUCUUUGAAGCGUACGGAGAUGAAAGUGAAGCCUAUCAUUUUGAAUUAACUUAACGUUUGAUUUUUAACUAAACAAUUUGUCCAAUCAAAGAUCAAAAGUGUUAGGUCAGAAAGGGAGUCUCCCAGUCUUAGAGAGGGCUACCCUUCCCUCGUUGUACAAUAGACGUCUUCAAGACAUUGUAGUACUGAUGUAUAAAGUCAAGUAUGGUCUUGUGAUAAUGUUUCCAACUUAUUCGUUCGUAAGGAUUCUGCGCAAAAAAANUGGAAAAUUUCGCCCGAAGAUGCAGCGCAAAGGCUAUUUAAUCUUCGAUUUACCAUAUGAUUCACAAAUGAUUCACACCUCCCAACCACUCAGUCACGGCCCGAUGGUGUAUAGACAGUGUGCUUUAUUAGGUAUUAUAUUUAACACCUUUGUAUCACUACUUCCUCCUUAAUUUACCCUUCUUUGCACCAACAUUUUUGAAAAAAGCUCAACCUGGAAUGACGCUUUAAGUGAGCCACUUGGACUUGUUUACGAUUAACAUUUCAUUUAUUCUGCAUGAAUAUUAUAAGCAAUUACAUCUUUUCAUCUAGUGCAAAAACCUCGUUUUUUAUUGCUUCCAAAGAGCUGAAAAUUGCACCAAUUGCUCAAAGUAACCAAACUCUAUCAUUCAACUUUUGAAUUUAAUUUUUGCAUACGGUGACGACUUGUAUGCUAAUGAGCAAAAAUGUUAGCAGUGACGUUAGCAAUCGCUCGCCUACAUCCACUUUAACAUGCGUUCGUCCCUAAUUUAGUGACAGUUUCACUUUCUUUUUCCCUUCUUAGCAAUAUGAAGUUUUCCACUAGAGAUGAAGACAAUGAUCCUAGUGGUGGUACUGAUUGUGCUGGGAUGCACAAAGGCGGCUGGUGGUACCAAAACUGCCAUACUUCGAAUCUGAAUGGCUUAUAUCUCAAAGGACGACAUCCCGAAAUACCUGGUGGAGUGGUAUGGUUGUACUUCAGAGGGUAUCGAUACUCUUUGAAGCGUACGGAGAUGAAAGUGAAGCCUAUCAUUUUGAAUUAACUUAACGUUUGAUUUUUAACUAAACAAUUUGUCCAAUCAAAGAUCAAAAGUGUUAGGUCAGAAAGGGAGUCUCCCAGUCUUAGAGAGGGCUACCCUUCCCUCGUUGUACAAUAGACGUCUUCAAGACAUUGUAGUACUGAUGUAUAAAGUCAAGUAUGGUCUUGUGAUAAUGUUUCCAACUUAUUCGUUCGUAAGGAUUCUGCGCAAAAAAAAGGAUUUAAGAUAAAAAGUUCUUAUUUUACGUAGGUGGCUCGAGGUAGGCUCAUCUGACCCCUGAACAAUCCUGAAGCCGACCGUGCGCUCAUUUUACCCCUCCCUCUCCAUCAGGGGUCCGUUUUACCAGU